AUGUCUGGCCGUUUCGAACAAUGCUACGACAACCUCAGACUGUCUAAGAAUGCCUGGGACAGCAACAUCAUCAAGGCCAACCCCAAGUACCUCGCGGUCAACUAUGAGUCUGGCGGUGGAGGCGCCUUUGUUGUCAUCCCCGUCGACGAGCGCGGCAAGCUGCCCGACAUCCUUCCCCUGUUCCGCGGCCACACCGGCCCCGUUCUCGAUACCGACUGGAACCCCUUCAAUGACGACGUGAUCGCUUCCGCGUCCGACGACGGCAAGGUUUUCCUCUGGAAGGUGCCCGAGAACUUCUCUCUCCACACCGAUGCCGAGGAGCCGGCAGAUGUCGCUCCCGUAGCCAAAUUCGCCGGCCACACUAGGAAGGUCGGACACGUCCUUUGGAACCCCUCCGCCGAGAACGUCCUCGCCAGCUCCUCGGGCGACUACCUUGUCAAGAUCUGGGAUGUCGAGCACGGUCAGCCCAAGCUAACCCUCAAGCACGCCGACAUGGUCCAGUCCCUUUCCUUCAGCGCCAAUGGCUCCUUGCUCGUCACCACUAGCCGCGACAAGAAGCUCCGCAUCUGGGAUGUGCGCCAGGAGAAGCCCGCUCACGAGGGUGCGGGUCACAGUGGUGCUAAGAACAGCCGUGCUGUCUGGAUGGGCGAGCACGACAGGGUUGCCACCACUGGUUUCUCCAAGAUGAGUGACCGUCAGCUGGGUCUGUGGGAUAUCAGAGCCGCAAGGGAGCCGCUGAACGGUUUCGAGAUUCUUGACUCCAUUUCCGGUGUUUGCAUGCCUUUCUGGGAUGACGGUACCAACAUGCUGUAUCUUGCUGGCAAGGGUGAUGGCAACAUCCGGUACUUCGAGUACGAGCACGACAAGUUCGAGUUCGUCUCCGAGUACAAGUCCGUCGAUCCCCAGCGUGGUGUUGCUUUUAUGCCUAAGCGCGGUGUCAACCUUCACGACAACGAGGUUGCUCGUGCAUACAAGACCGUAAACGACAACUACAUCGAGCCCAUUUCCUUCAUCGUCCCCAGGCGCUCCGAGGUUUUCCAGGGCGAUAUCUAUCCUCCCGCCACUGGUCUCAAGCCUGGCAUGUCCGCCGCCGAGUUCUGGGAUGGCAAGGAAGCUGUUCCUCCCAAGUUCUCGCUGGAGGCCGUUUACGAGGGCUCGGCACCUGUGGAGGUUGCGUCCGAGUACAAGCCCUCCCCAGCCCCUGCCCCUGCCCCCACACCGAAGGCAGAGCCCGAGCCGACUCCCGCCCCCGUCUCUCGCGCCCCGCCCCCUUCUGUCAACGACAACAAGGCCUCGAUGGCAGACGCGGCCUCCAAGUUUGCUGACAAGGAUGAGGCCGAGUCCGCUGACGAGGACUCCAGCUUCGAGGAGAUCCAGAAGCCUGCGGAGCGCCAAUCUUUCACCGCGGCCCGCCAGGAGGAGAAGGUCCGUGGCCCCGAGCCUACCAAGGCUCCCGAACCGGAACCCGUCAAGGAGACCCCCCGCUCUGCAUCCACCUCGUCGACCACGGCAAGCAGCGCAGCAGCGGGUAUUAAGGAUUACUUGGCCGAGAUCAAGUCGAUGCUGGAGAGCCAGAACACUCAGAUGGCGAGCCAGAUGGAGCAGAUCAACCAUCUCACCGCCGAGGUCAACCUACUGAAGACGAAGGUUGCCGACAUCACCAGCGGUGAGAAGGACGAGAAGAUCAGGCAACUGGAGCUCGAGCUUGAGGAGGCUCGCUCAUGA